UGCUGCCUGCCUCACUCCUCUCAGUCAGUGGUCCGACUUGUGAAAGUGAGGUUGGGAGUUACAGUUAGUAGCCGUCCCCAUUGUUCACUGGUAAUAUACCUUACGCCGCGUCUGUUCUUGAGGCGAUCUUUUCUCUCAGCCUGGACUCUGGCCACUUUACACCUGAACCCAACUCUGCACAAGUCAACCUCCGCCCCCCAGCGACGUUAGGCUGAAAUUGCUCUGUGCCAAGGCCUUGCUCUGUACUUUGAUGAUCUCAAAGACCGGUAGUCUGAAUUAAGGACUGUCCGUUCGAUUUCAAACAGAUAUUACGCACCAAUCUAACUUCGAAGUGUUCCAACAGUCUCAUGGACACUUCUAUCACCAAACGUUAACAAUAUUUAUGUUCAUAUCAAGGCCAGAUCAUGUUAAUUUAGCAUACUGCAAUAGAUACCUUGUCCAUUGCGCUGUUCGUCAGGUAUAAGAACUGAACCAAGUCAUGACAGGAAAUUAGAUGAAGGAGGCAUUUCGAUCUUAGAUUCAGCGUCUACAGUGAACAACUAAAUCAGCAUGAAGCCUUUCAGAGGGUGAAGGUCUGUUGCCUAUUCUACUCUCCUCCGGAUUUGGGCUUGUUUAGUUUGCUCGUCCCAUCUGCCUAAUUGCGUUCAGUGGAUUCACUAAUAGGCUGAUGUUCGGGAAGGAGGGAAGAGAAGUUGGGGGCGGACGAGACAGACAUAACGGUGACCGGAAAGGAUAGUUAGUUUGUCAUACUUUUAAAACCACAAAUAGCCUAUUCAUAUCAAUUCAAUUUACUUUGGUAAUAUCAUAAGCUCAGAGAGAUUUACAAAAGUCCUUCUAUAGUCUAACCAGGAGAUGGGUUUAGCAAAAUCGAAAUGAGUUUACAUCACUCUUUAUGGCUGAAUGGUUUGGUCAUUAUCAGUCUACUUUCAAGCCCGAAAAACUCAAGUUCGAAUUCUGGCCAAGUCACUUGUGGUCGUCUUGCUGUCACUUCUCGUCAUCUCUGGAUCUUCCCAAGAAGACCAUGACAGCGCUUCCCAGCCUGAUACCUUCGAACAGGACUUCCUAGCUGUAGGAGACGUAAUCCACGACGCAGAACCGGAGGAACUACCCGUACCGGAGGCAUAUCACAGCGGACGCAGAAGGCGCCUUAGGCCUACGUUGGCGUUCGCGAGGCACAGAGAUGCACCGCCCCUGAGGAAUACGGAAGAGACAAACCAUUCUCCUCCUUAUAUGAACCACUUAUAUACCUCGUCCCUGAACGAUAUCCAGCAGGGUAGGCUGCCAUCGCCAUCUUUCUCCUCUGCUGUACUAGACGUAGACGAUGAGAGCGAGGUCUUCAAUCAUCACUCAGACGGAGGCGACACUUACCACCUCGAGAGAGACGCCAUGGACACAGACGAGUCUUUCACUUGGCUGUCCAGGCUCGUGCCGGGAAUAAGGUCACGUCGACCUACCCUGCGACCCAGAAGUCAACCUUACGGGCGCUUUCAGGGUCGAAUGAGAGGUCAAGGACGUCCAGGAAAGCCAGGUGGAAGGGUCAGACUAUUAACCAGAGGCAGGCAAAACCUCAGACGGCCACCAGUCUACAGUACACGACCGAGAACUCCCUUCUCCCAAACAGCCGUCAGGCCCCGGUUUCGAGGACCGGUAACUCCCCACCGACCACCACUAGACCGAGGACCUCCUCAACCAUCAACCUUCCCCGUGACGGAACCCACAACCACAACUCCGGAUACCCUGAGUGUUCACAACAUUGCAGGUCCUCCUUACGCUGACACCAUCCCACCCAACAUCCUCUUCGAGGACGAUGAGAUCACCACGCCCUUCGAAUACCCGUCGUCAUCUGUCUCGUUCGCAGUUACGCCUUCCCCAGCUAGUGUUCAGCCCUGGGUUCCAGUGUCGUCGUCUGGAACGAGGUGGACUUACGGGUCAACCACACCGACCCCCGUCACCAAAAGUUUUAACGAGCUGGAUCAUCAUGAUGCCAGCAACAGAGAGAAAGAGGCUGAUGACGUCACGAAAUGGGGGAACGCCGAAGAAGACGAGUGGGGUGAAGAAGAAAGUGAAGAUGACGACUACAUAUGGGGAUCAGACUUGCAUUUCAGGUGGCCCAAUUCCUGGAACCAUAAUUGGGGUACGGAGUGGAGUAAGAAGUUCAACACGGAGAAGACUGCAAGGCCUGACCCUACCCCUACGUCAGGUUACUCGACGCCAUCAGGGAGAACCCAGUGGGAGGGACAAGAAUAUUUCGCAACCUCUACGAAAGCGCCGGAGAGACAAAGCCCUGAGGUCUAUCAUUCAUUGGAUGACUCGUACAUGCAAGAUAACUUACCAAAAAAUGAAUAUACAUCGGAAACAACGACCUCCAUGAGGUUUCCAGAGUUUUCAACGGAGAACCACAGAUCUUACGACACGCCAUCUACCAGAAACUUCAUGUUCCCAGAAGCCGUACCCACAGAUAAGCCGAAAAUUUCAGAUUCUGUGGGGAACGCGAUCACUUAUCAGGAAGUAGAACCAAGUAACACGGGCUAUGACACUACGCCUGCUCAAGAGCUCCACGAGUAUCAUCAUGUGAGCUCAAACCAUCCAAGACCGCUACCUGGUCAGCAGAGAUUCCCAGAAAAUUACGGAGGAAACAGAAGGGUGUUAUUGGUUCCCAAAGAGCGUCAGCCCCCUAUGCAGGGGUAUCCCGUCAGAAUAAAAGCAAAGAAUACUCCACAGUAUUCUCAAGGGUUAAGAGCGCGUGGAAAGGGGACUUUUGGUAACAACAGAUUUUCUGAGUCUAGAAUAGCGGUGAAGGCAAUAAGACCACACCAACCAGUUCUGCGACCAGUUUUCGCUCCAGAAAUGACACGUCGCAUCUGGACCCCAGGCCGAGUAAGAGGAACGUCGACGGAAUAUAGGCCUAGAGGAUGAGCAGCCAUUGAAAGAAGAAAAGAAACUCGUAAUAGAAGAAAUCUAGAUAACAAGGAUAGCCAGUGUGGUCAUUUGGAAAAAGGGAGAAAAUCUAGUAAAACUGUUUUAAAGUUAGAUGGCUCUGCACCUGACACGAACUGUGUAGUACGCUCGGAACUGUGUUUAUGGCGCGAACGCUUAGGAACCCGGAAACAGGAAAGUAAAUACUGUUUAUUUGGAUCGUCGAACGGUAGUUGUUUUUACUCAAUCCUGUGCAAGAUGCACCCAUGGUAACAACUAACAUUUAAGCCAUACUCCAGAGAGUGUGGUAAUAGUCUAAACAUUGCGUGAAAAUGUGUUCGGUGUGCGAAGAGUGGCGUCAUUAUUUCCGGUUGCAGUAUGCGAUUGCUGGCUCUCAGCUGAAUGUAUAUAUAAAGAAAAUAAAAACUGAUUGCUUGAGAAGGAAAUUAAAGAAACGGACGCGCACGGGAAGCCAUGUGCUCUCACAGUUACAUUUUAGUGUUUUUGCUUGUGAAAAGUGUCACUGACUUGCGAAUUGUUUCUUCUUCUUUCCCACCGCUAUCCCUACAUUAAAGGGUUGGUUGCCUGAUGCUCCUUAAGGCUCCACUGCCUUCUAUCAAAGGCAUCAUCCUCCAUCAAACCUCUUCUCCCCAUAUCUUCCUUCACUUUCUCUCGCCAUCUAAUUCUCUGUCUCCCUCUCGAUCUUCUUCCUCUAACAGGUUCCUCCCAAGCCCUCUUCACUCUCUCCUCGUCAUCUAUCCUCAACACAUGCCCAUACCACCUCAAUCGUGCCUCUCUUAUCACCUCUUUAAUCUUUACUAAGCCUACCCUUCUUAUUUCGUCAAGCAGCGAUAUUCCCAUAAUCCACCUCAGCAUUCUUAUCUCUGUUCUCUCAAGCUUUACUUCCUCUUUUCUUCUUAGAGCCCAUGUUUCCGAUCCAUACAUUAACACUGGUCUUAUCACUGUGCUGUAGAUCUUGACUUCUAGCUUGAUUAGCAUUUUCUUAUCACAUACUACUCCAACUACCUCUCUCCACUUCCCCCACGCAUCUUUUAUCCUACAGUCAACUUCAGUCUCAUAUCCUCCCUCUUGGCUUAAAGUAGAUCCUAAUUAUUUAAACUUUUCCACCUGUUUUAUAAUCGAGCCUCUUCUUUUUUCUUGCAUUACUAUUCUGCCUCUAUCUUCCCUACUGCUCACCAAAACCUCUGUUUUAUUCACAUUCACCCUUAAGCCACACUUCUCUAAAAGACUCCUGCCACUCUCCAAUCCUUUUCUGUAGGUCCUCAUUUUUGGCAGUAAUCACCAGAUCAUCGGCCUAGAACAACUCCCACAGCUCUUCAUUUCCUGAUCUCUUCACUCAACACAUCCAUGACCAGCACCAACAAAAAUUGUGCUUAAUGCUGACCCCUGGUGUAAUCCAUGACUAACUUGAAAGUUUUGUUUCCCCAAGUGAUGUUAUUACUUUUGUGCCUAACCAACUUUGUGAAGUGUGAAUUGUUAAGUGUAAAGCUACAAAACCGAUGUGAGAUUUCUGGUGCAAAUUACUAAAUGCGUAUAUAUAUAUAUAUAUAUAUAU